AUGCUAAUAGUGUUAUCUAUGAAGCUUAACAACAACUGUGCAUGAAAAUAAAAACAUUUCUAAAAGAGUAUUGAAGUACGCAGUAAGACCGUUUGUUUUUGUAAGUGAAAUUUGAUUUUUAACACAAUUACAACAUGUCUCUUGCUGACGAGUUGCUGGCAGACCUUGAAGAACAAGAGCAGAAAGAAAUGAUUGUAGAUGAUGAAUCUUCUGCUCCAGAAACACAUUCAAUGGUAAUGCAAGUAGAAGACGAUAUAAAGAUAAAGUCAGUUCGUGAAAUUGCCAAACUUCGUGACUCAGAAACGCUUAUGACUAUCAUGCGUGCGAUUGACUCUUACACUGGCAAGCUACGCAAGUCUGAAGAAAUUGUAGGUCCAGUGGAAUCAGACCCGGAGUAUCAGCUGAUAGUAGAAGCGAACAACGUUGCUGUUGAUAUCGACGGCGAAAUCGCUACAAUCCACCGUUUUACCCGAGACAAGUAUUCCAAACGUUUUCCAGAGUUGGAAUCUCUUGUAGUAAGUCCACUUGAGUAUGUAAUGACAGUGAGGGAGCUGGGCAACGAUUUGGACAGGGCUAAGAACAACGAAGCCCUGCAGCAAAUACUGACCCAAGCAACUAUAAUGGUGGUAUCUGUGACUGCAUCCACCACACAAGGACAGCUGCUAACCGACGAGGAGCGAGAAAGUAUUUGUGAAGCUUGUGACAUGGCCAUAGAGCUUAACAACUUCAAACAGAAGAUAUAUGAGUACGUGGAAAGCAGAAUGGCAUUCAUUGCUCCGAACUUGUCAGCCAUCGUGGGUGCCUCCACUGCAGCAAAGGUAAUGGGUGUUGCUGGGGGCCUGACAAAGCUUUCGAAGAUGCCAGCAUGCAACGUCAUGUUGAUAGGUUCUCAGAAAAAAACCUUGUCCGGCUUCUCUCAAGUGUCGAUGCUCCCCCAUACGGGUUUCAUCUAUUAUUCUUCCAUCGUGCAAGACACUCCGCCCGAUCUUCGACAGAAGACGGCCCGGCUCGUGGCAUCAAAGUGCACGCUGGCAAGCCGUGCAGAUGCAUGCCACGUCAGCACGGACGGUGCCAUAGGAAAGUCUCUGAGGGAAGACAUCGAGAAGAAACUCGACAAACUUAUGGAACCACCUCCCGUCAAGUUCAUCAAGCCUUUGCCCAAACCAAUCGAUGCAAGUCGCAAGAAACGAGGAGGCAAGAGAGUGCGCAAGAUGAAGGAAAGAUAUGCCAUGACGGAAUUCCGCAAACAAGCCAAUCGGCUGAACUUUGCAGAUAUCGAGGACGAUGCGUACCAGGAGGAUCUUGGGUACACACGAGGCACAAUUGGGAAAACUGGUGCCGGACGCAUACGACUGCCACAGGUUGACGAGAAGACGAAGGUGAGGAUAUCGAAGACUCUGCAGAAGAACUUGCAGAAGCAGCAGCAGGUUUGGGGCGGAAGCACUACGGUCAAGAAACAGGUGUCGGGAACAGCAUCGAGUGUUGCCUUUACUCCUCUGCAAGGACUGGAAAUCGUAAAUCCCCAAGCAGCUGAAAAGAAAGUUAAUGAAGCUAAUGCCAAGUACUUUUCUAACACUGCAGGCUUUCACAAAGUGAAGAAGUGAUGUGACCAUCAAUCGUUGUUUGGUAUCAAAGACUGACUGAUUAUUUGGUUUACUUUCAAAUUUAUUUUAAUGUUUUAUAAUAGUAAAUUUCAUUCGUUGUACAUUCUGUUUAAAUAUGUAUAAUAAUUAUGUGUGUUUGAAAAUAGCCUUGCAUAAUUUAACAAAAUAUACAAAAUAUUUAAUUUGU